AUGCUAGCAUCCAAAUACAGAGCGGCAAGGCUGGACCUCUUGGACUUCACACCAGAAAGUCCAAACACGUCCAACUACAUGGAUCUCAACCAAUCUGCUGGGUAUGCGUUGGGCAUCAUUGUCAUGCUGAAGGCGAUGGUAGGUGCAUUCGCCUGCCAUUUUGCGAUAAAAUGCUCCAGUUUUUGCCGAGUUAACGUGGGCACUUCGAUGAGAAGUGCCUGUUGCGCCUUCGGCUGUGUUGCCUACAGCUCCAUAUAUGAAGCCAACAAACUUCUUGAGAGGACUUGCACGUUGGUCGUAUUAUGCACAGCCCUUGGUGGGGGUUGGUCUUUGGAACAACCUGGCGGGCCUUUAUUGGAAUUUUACCCUACAUGGCGGUUUGUUCUCACUUCCAUUUGUGAUUGCGGGGGUCCUUAUGCCGUGAACAUAGUACGGUGGUGGAUGAAACACUAUGAUGCCAAGACUGCCAAAAGGCAUAUUGGGUUUGCCAACUCGGCCAUCAUUCGCCGUCUUGACAAAGGCAAGUUGCAGGUGGAACGGGGUCCAAAAAAGUCGCAAGUGAUUCAGACAUGCGCCAAAUAUCAAGACCGUAGCGGGAAACUACGCUACAAAGGGACGUCUCAUCUCCGUGACACCCAGAUAUACACGCCUCGCUUUGCCAGAGCUAUGUGUGACUUGGUGGAAGACCUCAAGGCAACUUGCCGGGGCCAACCCAAGAUCAUUGGGGAUUCACCAACGGCAUUUGAGACCAUGCAAAUGGAUUGGGUAUCAGAUAGUGACAUGUGGCAGUUUGUAGAUUUCCAAGAGAUCUAUUCAUAUCUUAGAGGGUCCAAACGGCUCCAAAUUCCUGAUAUGUGGCGGCCACUUGUUCCGAAAAAGCUCAAUUAG